AUGAACGGUCUUUUGUUGGCAUUUUCUGCAUUAUCUUGUGUGAUUUCUCUGGCAAUCUCAAAUGAUGUUAUGUUGAAUAUUGGCCAUCCAUUCUUUGGUACCCGCUCUUUACUGACAGGGCAAUCCCAGGUACUCGUGAUGAUCAUGCCAUGUCAUCAUAGGGCCAUAGAUCCAUUCAUUCUCUCUCUCUCUCUCUCUCUCUCGGGAAGCUUUAACAGUGAAAUGUAUAGAGCCACGGUGCUGCUAUUGCUACUUUGCACCACCACUAAUGUCAUCGCCUUCACGGUGACCGACGGUUUGUUGCCAAAUGGGGACUUCGAGUAUGGACCAAAUCCAGGGCAAAUGAAAGGAACAGUAGUAACAGCAAAGAAUGCUAUCCCCAACUGGGAAAUUUCAGGCUACGUUGAGUACAUAAAAUCAGGCCAAAAACAAGGCGACAUGCUGCUAAUUGUGCCUGAUGGAGCCUUUGCAGUUAGAUUAGGCAAUGAAGCAUCCAUCAAACAGAAGAUUAAUGUCACAAAGAACAGCUUUUACUCAAUAACUUUUAAUGUAGCUCGUACCUGUGCCCAAGAGGAGAAGCUAAACGUUUCUGUUUCACCAAAUUCUGAACCAAAUGACUGGGGAAUCCUGCCAAUGCAAACAAUGUAUAGCAGCAAUGGCUGGGAUUCAUAUUCUUGGGCUUUCCAGGCUGAUGCUUCUGAAAUUGAGAUCUCUUUCCACAACCCAGGUGUGGAGGAGGAUCCUGCCUGUGGUCCACUCAUUGAUUCUGUAGCAAUUAAGCUUCUAUCUAAUCCCAGACGAACCAGAGUCAACAUGCUCAAGAAUGGAAACUUUGAAGAGGGACCAUAUGUGUUCCCCAACACAGAUUGGGGAGUCCUAAUUCCACCCCAGAUUGAAGAUGAUCACAGCCCUUUACCUGGCUGGAUAAUCGAAUCUCUAAAGGCAGUAAAAUACAUAGACUUGGAUCACUUUUCAGUUCCAGAAGGCAAACGAGCCAUUGAACUCGUAGCCGGAAAAGAGAGUGCCAUUGCACAAAUCGUUAAGACCAUACCUGGAAAGACCUAUGUCCUAACCUUCAGUGUGGGUGAUUCUAACAAUUCAUGCGAAGGAUCCAUGGUAAUAGAGGCAUAUGCAGGCAAGGAUAAAAUUGAAGUCCCUUAUCAAUCCAAGGGCAAAGGAGGGUUCAAGCGCGCCAGGUUCCAGUUUAAGGCUGUGUCGACUCGCACAAGGCUUAUGUUCCUGAGCUCAUUUUAUACCAUGAAAAGUGACAACUCUGGUUCUCUUUGUGGACCUGUAUUAGAUGAUGUGAAGUUGCUUAGUGUUCGUACACCUCGACGUCUUCUGUGAUCAAGUUGAAUUAGUUGCAUUGCUUAUGCAAUUGUGUUCUUGAUCCAUUUGAGCUCUAUCAUGCAAUGCAUGAUCAAUAUAUCAUAUACUAUAGGAUUCUUAUAGUGGGAAGGAGAUGGCUUGAUGUUUUCAGAAUUAAUGUUCCAUUUAAUGUAUCUACCAUGCUUUUUACAUGAAAAUGCCUGCUUUUUAUUUCA